CAAUAACCAUGGAAGUCAUCUUGUACACGUCUCUAUCCAUCAUCUUGUGCAUCCUCGUCACUCUAAAGCUCUUUAGACGCCGUCGUUACACCAACCUCCCUCCAAGCCCUUCCUUAUCUCUUCCGGUACUAGGCCACCUCCACCUCAUCAAACCCCCCAUCCACCGCGCCUUCCACCGCCUCGCUCAAAAACACGGCCCCAUCUUCUCCCUCUGGUUUGGCUUCCGCCGCGUGGUAAUUAUCUCCUCCUCCUCGGCCGUGCAAGAAUGCUUCACCAAAAACGACAUAGUAUUGGCAAACCGCCCCCCUUCUCUUCUGAACAAGCAUUUAGGGUACAACCAAACCACUAUGGUGUCCUCCCCCUACGGCGAUCACUGGCGCAACAUUCGCCGUAUCGGCACUGUUGAGGUCUUGUCCACCGGUCGGCUCAACUCCUUCUCCCAUGUCCGAAAAGACGAAGUCAAGCAAUUGCUGCUCAAGCUUUCCCGUCAUGCAGAAGAAGAAGGUCGUUUUGUGAAAGUAGAACUGAGGUCUAUGUUGCAUGAGCUGACCUUCAACAACAUAAUGACAAUGGUGGCGGGGAAGAGGUACGUCGGGGACCAUGUUUCAAACAAGGAAGAAGGGAAGGAGUUCAUUGAGAUAAUGGACGAGGCCUUUUCAUACGGCGGGGGAACCAACCCUGGAGAAUUCAUGCCAUUUCUUAAAUGGUUUGGUGGAAAUGGUUAUGAGAAGAAGGUGAAGAAGUUGGCAAAGAGAGCAGAUGUAUUCUUACAACGUCUGAUUGAUGAGCACCGGAACAAGAGAGCUUCGGAGAGUAAAAAUACCAUGAUCGAGCACUUGCUUUCUCAGCAAGAGUCACAACCCGAGUAUUACACUGACGAGAUUAUCAAAGGACUCAUAUUGAGCUUAUUAUUGGCUGGUACUGAUACAUCAGCAGUAACAAUAGAAUGGGCUAUGUGCAAUUUACUCAAUCAUCCGAGUGUGUUAAAGAAAGCUAGAGCUGAAAUAGAUGCUCAACUUCAUCAAGAACGCUUAGUAGAUGAAUCAGACAUUUCCAAAUUGCACUACUUAGAAAGUAUCAUCUUUGAGACUUUUCGGCUAUAUCCGGCGGCACCAAUGCUAGUUCCACAUUUUGCAUCUAAUGACUGCGUCGUCGGCGGAUUCGACAUAUCAAGUGACACAAUGGUGUUGGUUAACGCAUGGGCUAUACAUAGAGACCCGAAGUUGUGGGAUGAUCCUGAAAGUUUCAAACCUGAGAGGUUUGAGAGCGGCAACAAGGAUAAGGAACAUAAGCUUAUGCCGUUCGGAAUGGGAAGAAGGGCUUGUCCUGGAGCAGGCUUGGCGCAACGUGAAGUCGCUCUAACGUUGGCUUCUUUGAUUCAAUGCUUUGAGUGGGAGAGGGUUAGUGAAAAGGAAAUUGAUAUGAUGGAAGGAGAGGGACUUACCAUGCCUAAACUUGUUCCUUUGGAGGUCAUGUGCAAACCACGCUCAUUUUUCAACAAGGUUUUAAUCGAUUAAUGGACUCAAGUCACUCAACGUAAAACUUAUUAGUAAAAGGAUAAAUAAAUUAGCUGCAUGACAUAGGGUAUAUUAUGUCUUAUAAAUAAAUUUUGCGAAUACUAGCACGUAUUGUACUGAAGUUUGAUGUUAUACAGUAGUGUAUUUAAAUACAUUUUAUUGGUUUUCAGUUUAUGAAGUUUCGUUAUUAGGUCUAGUUAACGAUGUUAAUUAACUAAAAGCACCUUAAU